UCCCCUUAAUUUUGUUGCAUGUUUUCAAAAUGUUUCAAUUUGAGAAUUUGAAGAUAUAGUUUACGUUAAUUUUUGUAGUUGAUCAUGGGAUUUUUUAGAAAAUUUGCAGAUAUCGGAAAGUUUCUUGGUAAGCAAGCCCAAGUAAAGGCAAAGAAACCAUUGCAGCAAUACAGGGCUAUAGAAAGGGCACAAAAAGUUAUUGAAGAACAUAAAACCAAUCCUAAACGAGCACCCAUGAAUUUACCAAACAGAAAAUUUACAGAAGAGGAAAUUGAAAGUUCAAAGAAAUAUUUAAAAGCUACUUUAGAAGUUGACGACAAGUUUAUUUCAAAACUAUCCCAAGUUAAAGUUACUUCGGAUGAUUCAGAUAUUUCCAAGUUUACUUCUGAUCAACACAGCCAUGAGAGACCUAAAGAGUUGACAGAAAAAUUACCAAUAAAAGGGAAAUUUCCCUUCCAGUCAAAUGAACCAACUGAAAUACCAAGAGGUUUGGCCGAAAUACAAACAUUGGUAGAUAUUCUUCAUAACCAUAAACUUGACCCAAAUGAUUGGACAGCUGAAGUUUUAUCUGAAAAAUUUAAGUUGCGAACAUCUGACGUUGCGGGUCUUUUAAAAUAUUCUGCUUUAAUUGAUCCACAAGACAAGGGAAAACUGUAAAGUUGUUUUUUAAGUAAAUGGAUUCCUGUUCCACAACAAUUUGAUCUUUUUGAUUAUAUUAACUUAUAGUAGGGCGGGGGGAGAUGGGACACAUUUUCAUUCUAUUUUCUUGUCCCAUUUGGUAGUAAACAAAGAACAAUCAAAGUAUUGUAAAACCGUAUUCUCACAACUCCAACAGACCUUAUUAUUAAUUGUUUAAAACACUAUCUAGAUAUUUGGAUAUUAUGUGCUAAAGGUGUCCCAUCUUCCCCACCCUACUAUAUAUAGUUCGCCAUAUUUGCUACUGGAAACUUUUUUCAAGACAAUCAGACACUAUAAAAUAAAUAAAUCCAGUUAAACUCUUGUUUUAAAAAAACGUUUUAUUUGUAUAAACAAUUGCUGUUGUUUCCUUUAUAAUAUUAAUAAUUUAUUAAAAUCAGUUAAAUUAAAUGUCAUUGGAUAAAAUUGUCGUUUCCAAUUUCUGUAUUUAUUGUAUUGCAGCUUGCUUAAUAUUUCGUAUCUUUCCCCAGCGCUAACAAUAGGUAGCUUAUUGUAGCUGGUAAUGUUAUAAUUAUGAGAAAUCUAUCUUCACUUCGUUGUUUAUUUUGUGCAUACCCUAAAAACAAGUUUCUUUCCAAGUAUUUCUCCAACCAAGUUCACACGGAAGCAGAACAGAUCAUCAAAGAAAAACGUGUCAUAUUUUCUGGUAUCCAACCAACGGGGAUUCCCCACAUCGGAAACUACCUCGGAGCACUAAAACAUUGGGUGGAAUUACAAAAUGAAUCUGAUGAUAUUUAUUACAGCAUUGUAGAUCUACACUCACUAACUAUUCCUAAGAGUAGAGACUUCAUGCAAGACAGCAUAUUUAACAUUACGGCUUGCUUACUUGCAUGCGGUGUUGAUCCUGACACAACAGUGUUAUAUCAGCAAUCAUCUGUACCUGAACACACACAGUUAUCAUGGGUGAUUGGGUGUAUUGUGCCCGUCAAUCGACUCAAACAUUUGCCUCAAUGGAAGGUAAAAUAUAUGUGCAACGUUUUUGUUUUAUUUUUUUUGCAAAUGCCUUUUCAAAAGCUGGGGUGUCUUCAAAUAAAGUUAUUAAUAUUUUCACUUCUCUUUACAGAUCCAACUUUUGCUCGCAUCAGAGAUUUUCGUGACCCUCGCGUUAAAAUGAGCAAAUCUUCACCAAGUAUUAAUGGAAGAAUAGAAUUAACCGACACAGAUUCGGAAAUUCGUUUAAAAAUCAAACGAGCUGUAACUGAUUCUACUUCUCAAGUAACUUAUGAUCCUGAAAAUAGACCGGGUGUUUCAAACCUUAUCCAGAUUCAUUGCGGAAUGUGUGACAUUACCCCAGAGAAGGCAUGUUCUCUUGCAUGUAAUAUGGACACUGGUAAAUACAAGUCACUCGUUGCUGAUGCUGUGAUAGAACAAUUGUCUCCAAUAAGAGAAAAAUAUCUUAAAAUUCGAAAAGAUGAGGUGAAAUUAAAAAUGGUUUUGGAUCAUGGUGCUAAACGUGCACGAGUUGUUGCCAAGUCAAACUGGGAAUCUAUACGAGAGUUAUUGGGAAUUAAUAUAGCAGAAAUUUCAUGAUAUUUUUGUAUUAUUUGCAUUAGAAAAAUAAACCAUUUAAAAUGAUGACUUAAA